AUGCCAGAUGGCGAUCAUGGUCUCAGUGACUACCUCACCAAUGGUAGUGGAAGUUGGUCUGAGAAAGUCACAGCUGUUGAAGACGGUGUUAAUGAUAAGGAUGAGAGGGAAACGCGAAUAUGGAGAACCUUGGUUUGCAACUCUGGCUCAGUCAUCCACAUUUGCAUUGAAUGCUGUUAG